AUGGAUCGCAGACCACUUCUGGUCGUUCUAUUACUUGCGCUAUCAUCCAGCGCACAUGCAUGGAACUAUGUCAAGAGUGGCCAGGACUGGACGGGUGCGUGCCAAACGUCUCGCGCGCAAUCGCCGAUUAACAUCGAGCCGUCGAUGGCGGUGAAAGGCAAGGACCUGCGCUUCCUCAACAUCAGCUACGCCCUCAGCAAAUCGCUCACCGUUUCUAACUUCGGCUUCACAGGAGGGGUGCAACCGCAAGCCGGUACGGAGAAUUUUAUGUACACGUCAACGGGCAAGUUUCGUCUGCUCGGCAUUCUGCUGCGCGCCUCGUCGGAGCACACCAUCCUCGGCGCGCCCGCGCCGCUCGAGGCGCACUUCGUGCACGAAAACGUCGCCAACCCCGCGAAGGGCGCAAUCAUUUCUGUGAUGAUCGUGAUUCACAAGAACAACGUCCGAAACCCGUGGCUCGACAAGUGGCUGCCGUACAUUCCCAAGGCGGUGAACACGUCAGUGUCCGUGCCCGCAACGACCAACUUCAAGGAGGCGUUGAACGUCAAGUACGGCUUCUGGUAUUACCGCGGCUCCACCACGUACCCGCCCUGCGCGCCCAACAUCGAGUGGUUCAUCCUCAAGCGCGGCCUCUACGGCUCCGUCGAGCAGAUCGAGGGGUACAUGAACCUGCUCGCCGCAUCCAGCGGUCAGCGCACCAACAACCGUCUCCCUAGGCCAAUCAACGGCCGUACUAUCAUCUCGUACCCCAAGCAGCGCAAGCCGAAACGGUCUCCUUUCUCCGUCCCUGGGCCCGUUGGAUCCAACGGCAACAUGCAAGAGCCCCACACCCAAGAGCCGAGGCACGCAGACGAGACACAGCAGCAAGUCCGCCGUGAAUCCAAAUCGCCACCACCAGCGUCGACACUGUCUCGAGAUGAAGCGUCCCUCAGGAGCAGCAAGGCCCCCACCCCUGCUGCAGGCACUCCCCUUCCACGCGCGACCUCGGCACCUGUGGGUGCUUCUUCUACGCCUUCAAAGGAGGACCCAGCCGCUGCAAAGCCAGGUAGCAAGAGCCUGGCUGAGCUUGUAAGGGAUACGGAUCUGGAGCCAGAUGAGGAGGUUGCUAGGUAUGGCGAGAUGAAGAACUAUGUUGAGGCUAUGGCCAAAAAUCGCUCUCCGGAGAAGGGUGCUGCAGAGGGUGGAGAAGGAACAGGGAGCAGCACUGGCGCUUUUUCUGGGAAGGAAGGUCACGCCAUUCCAGAUGAGGAGGUGAAGCACCAGAAGCCCCAGCAGCGAGCAUGA